UCCCUGAGCCCGGGGAGGACGUUGGCGCAGAACUUUGUCGAAUUCGGGCCUUAGCGCCUCCGCCACCGCGUACCCAGGCUAGCCCUUCGUCAGCCCUGGCCUAGCUCAAGCCCAGAGCUUAUAGUUUUGUGUGGUUUCUAGGUCCAUGCCUUCACCAUGCUUUCCUGUGACAUAUGUGGUGAAAUGGUAACCUCAGAACCAGACAUGAAGGCUCACCUAGUUGUUCACAUGGAAAGCGAAGUUGUAUGUCCAUUUUGCAAGUUGUCAGGUAUAAAUUAUGAUGAGAUGUGUUUUCAUAUUGAAACUGCUCAUUUUGAGCAAAAUACACCAGAAAGAAACUUGGAGAGGCUAAAUGCGAUACAGUAUGAAAAUCCAGACAGCAAGAAUACCACUCGGCAGAGUACAACGGAGGUUAAUUCAAGUAUCCAUUCAGCUUGUGCAUUGAAUUUUCCAAAACAUCCAGCCCAACAUCUUCCUAAAGAUGGAACUUUAAAGCAUGAAGCUCUUUGUGCAGGGAGCAUAACUGAAUCGAGAAAGUACUCGAAAAGCCCAGAAAAGCAGUUUGGAUUGUCUGCGGUACAAGAAUCAAUUUAUGAGACAACGUACAGUUCUCCUGAAUGUCCAUUUUGUGGAAAAACAGAAGGGCGUAGUCAAGAUAUGGAGAUGCAUGUGAAAACUAAGCAUGCCAAUCUCUUAGAAACUCCUUUAGAAGACUGUCAUCAACCACUCUAUGACUGUCCCAUGUGUGGGCUCGUCUGUACAAAUUACCAUAUUCUCCAGGAACACGUGGACUUGCAUUUAGAUGAGAGCAGCUUUCAACAAGGCAUGGACAGAGUCCAGUGUUCUGGUGAUCGAGAAUUAGCUGAGCAGCUUCAGCAAGAAGAAGACAGGAAGAGGAAAUCUGAGGAAUCAAGGCAAGAGAGGGAAGAGUUCCAGAAGUUGCAGCGGCAGUAUGGUUUAGAUAACUCUGGAGGAUACAAGCAACAGCAGCUACGUCAUCUGGAGCGUGAAGUCAAUAGGGGAAGGGUGCUCCCAUCCGAAUUUCAUAGCAGAAAAGCUGACAUGAUGGAAUCAAUAGCUAUCGGUAUUGAUGAUGGAAAAACAAAAACUUCUGGAAUUAUUGAAGCCCUCCAUAGAUAUUACCAGAACACUGCCACAGAUGUGAGGUGUGUGUGGCUCUCUGCAAUGGUUGAUCACUUUCAUUCUUCUUAUGGGGACAAAGGUUGGGGUUGUGGUUACAGAAAUUUCCAGAUGCUACUUUCAUCAUUACUGCAAAAUGAUGUGUAUGGUGACUGCUUGAAAGGUAUGUCAAUUCCUUGUAUUCCAAAAAUUCAGUCCAUGAUUGAAGAUGCAUGGAAGGAAGGUUUUGAUCCUCAGGGAGCCUGUCAACUUAAUAACAGGUUACAGGGAACAAAGGCCUGGAUUGGAGCCUGUGAGAUUUAUACGCUUCUGACUUCACUGAGAGUAAAGUGCCGCAUUAUUGAUUUCCAUAAGUCAACUGGGCCUUCGGGUACACACCCUCGCUUAUUUGAAUGGAUAUUGAACUAUUAUUCUUCAGAGAGGGAAGGGAAUUCAAAGGUUGUGUGUACAUCUAAACCUCCUGUCUAUCUCCAGCAUCAGGGUCACAGUCGAACAAUUGUCGGAAUUGAAGAAAGAAAAAACCGAACAUUAUGUUUACUAAUAUUUGAUCCUGGAUGUCCUUCCCGAGAAAUGCAGAAGCUGUUAAAGCAGGACAUAGAGGCUGGUAGUCUCAGGCAGCUACGGAAAUCUGUGGGAAAUCUAAAACAUAAACAAUACCAGAUAGUAGCAGUAGAGGGCGUUCUUUCACCAGAUGAGAAACUUGCCAGGAAACAAGCUUCUCAAGUGUUUACAGCAGAGAAGAUCCCGUGAAUGAAAUAUUUUGGUGAUUUUGUACUUAUCCUUUUUUUCUGAUAUUGAACUCUGAUAACACAGUUGAAGAAUUUGAUUUCACUUAAGUUCUUGAUAUAAUAUUUAAGUUAUAAAUGCCUGUUAAGUUAUACUUCAUUGUCUGAUAAUUAGUUGAAUAAAAUACCUCGUUUGCAUUGU